AGUCUGAAGAUUCUGUAAUCGAGGUCUUUUUAUAAAGAAGGAAUUUCCUCUAGUUCCGCAUUAUAUAAAGAUCGGUCAAUCUGUCUCUAGGUCAGCGUGUCACAGUGCACAGUACUGAGAGUGGUAUUUCGAUGAGUCCCGAACGUUGAUGAGGUGAGCCGCUGAAAACUAUGGGAAAGACAAGUACUUACUGGGUACUUCUCUUAUCAACAUGCAUACUUCUUCAGUCUAUGGUUCUCCCCGCAGCAUCAGCACCUUUCUCAGAUAUUACAACCGAAUUAGAAGAAAGACAGACUCCAUUAGUCCCAUCACAAUUUUCUCUCGCAGCCACACGUUUCAUUGUAAUGUUGCCAUUCUUGCCGCUCAUGAUGGCUAUUCCUGGUGUUACAGCAAUCAUAAUGCCUCUUUUCAUGGCUAUGCAGGACAGACUGAAAACAAUCAUUCCCACUUUUCCUAACCUCAUAGGUGGUGGAAACCGUCCGAGUUCUAUUUCUAAUAUCGGAGGAUCUGUCUCUAACAUUGGAAACUCCAUUUCAAAUAUUGCAAAUUCCAUUUCAAAUUCUGGAGGCUCUAAUUCAGUUGCCUCAGAAUCUGAGACUUCAAGUGCAUCUCCAACUUUCUUCAGAUUCAGGAGAUCUCUUUUCAGGCUGCCCACAAAAGCUAUAAAUGAAGGAUUUAAGGAAGUAUUUGAAUUCUUACACAAAACUGAUGAUGUUUUGAAUCAGUUGACAAGUUCUCAGCCUGACUGUAGAAGACAAGCGGUUUGCAGAUUACACCAUUCUUUUGAUCCUAGCAUUGGAUCAUUCCUAGGAAAUGUGCUUCAAGUUUUUAAAAUAGAAAGUAAAAUAGAGAAGCUAGAUGUAUCCGAAUUCACAAGAUCAGUCAUCAAAGAUGUCCUGAGAGCUGCACACACAGGCCUUUUUCAAAGGGACUGCACAUCAGUUUAUUCACGAUGUUCGAUUGUGGUGCCAAACAGGAAGCCUUAAGAACUUUCAGAAACAAGUAUAAAUUAUUGUGAUAUUUUUCUUUCCACUUUAAACACAAACGCUGCCUCAUCCAUUGCGAAAAAGGAAAACAUUCAAAACUGUUAGGAUAUAUAUAUAUAUAUAUUCGUUUAGAAUAGAAAUCAUUAGAUAUAAGAAAAGUCACAUUUAAAGUACGAAACAGGAAGUUUGUUUUAGAACAAAAUAAACGUUUAUCAUUUACCGUAUCAAUAAACAGGUUUUAUUGAUUGAUGUAUAUACAGAUUUUGAUGCAUAGACAUUUUGUACAAAUUUUUUUAUGUAUUAUUUCUAUUCUGUACCACGGAUCAAUAAAAUGUUAUUAUGUAAAA